AUGCACUUUUUGACGAUGUGCGUACUGUUAUGUACAAGGAUACUGGACAGAGCGAUUCAUAGCUCGAUUAAUUCAUGCCAAGCUUCAAACGGUCCAGGAAAGUGGCGCUAUGAAUUCAGAAUGCGGAGAAAAGCACUAAACUAUGCCAAGAAGAGAAAAAAAGACGGAGGUUACUAUUGA